CAUUCGCUCCUUCCUCAGGUCCGCCCUGGCCGAGGCGCGGCUGCGGGAGCUGGGGACCCGAGACGUGGCUCCGGGCGGAAGACCAUGUUGGACUUCGCCAUCUUCGCCGUUACCUUCUUGCUGGCGCUGGUGGCAGCGGUGCUCUACCUCUACCCGGCUUCCAGACAAGCUGCAGGAAUUCCAGGGAUUACUCCAACGGAUGAAAAAGAUGGUAAUCUUCCAGAUAUUGUGAACAGUGGAAGUUUGCAUGAGUUCCUGGUAAAUUUGCAUGAGAGAUAUGGGCCUGUGGUCUCCUUCUGGUUUGGCAGGCGCCCAGUGGUUAGUUUGGGCACUGUCAAUGUGCUGAAGCAGCAUAUCAACCCCAAUAAGACAUUGGACCCUUUUGAAACGAUGCUAAAGUCAUUGUUGAGGUAUCAAUCUGGUGGUGGGAAUGUGAGUGAAAACUACACAAGAAAAAAAUUGUAUGAAAAUGGUGUGACUGAUUCUCUGCAGAGUAAUUUUGCUCUCCUGCUAAAGCUCUCAGAAGAAUUAUUAAAUAAAUGGCUCUCCUACCCAGAGUCCCAGCACAUACCCCUUUGCCAGCAUAUGCUUGGUUUUGCUAUGAAGUCUGUUACACAGAUGGUAAUGGGUAGUACAUUUGAAGAUGACCAGGAAGUCAUUCGCUUCCAGAAGAAUCAUGGCACAGUUUGGUCUGAGAUCGGGAAAGGCUUUCUAGAUGGAUCACUUGAUAAAAGUACAACUCGGAAAAAACAAUAUGAAGAUGCCCUUAUGCAACUGGAAUCUAUUUUGAAGAAAAUCAUAAAAGAACAAAAAGGAAAGAACAUUAGUCAACGCAUUUUCAUUGACUCCUUAGUACAGGGAAACCUUAAUGACCAACAGAUCCUAGAAGACAGUAUGAUAUUUUCUCUGGCAAGUUGCAUAAUAACUGCAAAAUUGUGCACCUGGGCAAUCUGUUUUUUAACCACCUCUGAAGAAGCACAGAAAAAACUAUAUGAAGAGAUAGACCAAGUUUUUGGGAAGGGUCCUAUUACGCCAGAGAAAAUGGAGCAGCUCAGAUAUUGUCGACAAGUGCUUUGUGAGACUGUUCGGACUGCCAAACUGACCCCAGUUUCUGCCCGGCUUCAAGAUAUUGAAGGAAAGAUCGACAAAUUCAUUAUUCCUAGAGAGACCCUUGUUCUUUAUGCCCUUGGGGUGGUACUUCAAGAUCCCAGCACUUGGCCAUCACCAUACAAGUUUGACCCAGACCGGUUUAAUGAUGAAUCAGUAAUGAAUACUUUCUCCUUGCUUGGAUUCUCAGGCACACAGGAAUGCCCAGAGUUAAGGUUUGCGUAUAUGGUGACCACAGUACUUCUGAGUGUGUUGGUGAGGAGACUGCACCUGCUGCCUGUGGAGGGUCAAGUUAUUGAAACGAAGUAUGAACUGGUAACAUCCUCCAAGGAAGAAGCUUGGAUCACUGUCUCAAAGAGAUAGUAAAAAUUUUACAUUACACUUUGGUGAGGAAAACGCCCACUUAGAAAAUUUAUAUUGAAUUCUUUUACAAACCAAGUAACAUUGUGGAAAAUAAUACAGUUCUUUUUUUAUGCAUUUUGUAAUUUCCCUUCUAAGUGACAAACUAAAAUUGAGGCUUGUUUGUCCUUCUGUUUUGCUGGAAUUCUUUUUUUUUUUUUUUUAGUAUUUUUUUAUUUAUUUUAAAGAGGAAAGGAGAAGGAGAGAGAGAUAGAAACAUCAAUGAUGAGAGAGAAUCACUGAUUGGCUGCCUCCUGCAUGAUCGGGGAUCGAGCAGGCAACCUGGGUAUGUGCCUUGACCGGGAAUCGAACUGUGACCUUCUGGUUCAUAGGUCGACGCUCAACCACUGAGGCACCAUGGCCGGGCUGGAAUUCUUAUUAGCACUAAAUUACUCUACUAAUUCUCAAUUGUGGAAAAAACAGAAUUUCUAAAUUUAUUUAUUAUGUCAUAUACUUAACAUAAUGAAGUUAUUAUUAAGAAAUGAGAGAGCACUAACCAAAAACCAAACCAAAUUAAGAAGAAAACAAAGAUGGGUGAAAAUAAUUGCAAAAUAUAGGAUAGAAAGGGAUAAUAACUAUAUUACUCAUAAAGAGCUUAUACAGAUUGGUAAGAAAACAUACAAUUGAUAAAUGGAUAAAGAACAUGAAUAGCAGCUUUUAUAGGAAAAAAUAGCUAAUAAACUAUUAGAAAGAUGGUCAAUCUCACUAAGCAAAGAAAUAUUGGAGCUUUUUCAAAAACAAAUUAAGUAUCUUUUAACAUUAACACUUUAGUACUGAUAAGUUUUAUAUUUAAUACUUUUUAUUGAUAGCAUUGAAUUUAAUCCACUUUUUUUGUUUAUGCUGUUCUUAAAGACUUUUUUAAAACGCAUUUUUCCUUCAGUCAACUGAAGGAAAUGUGCCAAGUACAGAUAGCGAGAAAGGAAGAAAAAUGAAAAGUGUUGCAGGUGAGCUUAUUUUUGACACUUCUGAAUUUCAUUUGUAAAUUUAGUUCCAAGAAUGUACCCUAGUUAUUAUUAUUUUAUGCUGUGUUUAUGGUUAAAUAACUAACAUUUUAGACCUAAUUAUGAGUGAUGAACGUAGAAUUUAAUUAGAUGCAGGCUUUAUUUCUGACAAAACAUUUAAUUUCUAGACUAAUUUAAAUUUUAAAACUUUAAGUCAAAUUUAAGUAUUCAUAGCUCCUAACACCAUGUUUCUAAAAAAAAUAAAUUGUUACAUUUAUUCCCACCCCACCUGUCAUUUUCUAUGGUUUUGUGUAGGUAGCACAUCUUCCUUUGUUGUCCAAGUACCUUAAUUGGUUGGAAAUUAGCAGCAAAAGGUAAGAAUGGGCAAUAGAUAUGUAAACCAAGUGUCAGUAAAAUUAAAUGAGAUAAAUGUAAUUUUUUUAAAUCCUCACUCGAGGAUAUUUUCCCAUUGAUUUUUAGAGAGCGUGGUAGAGAGAGUGGAAAGACAGAGAGAAAUAUCGAUGUGAGAGAAACACAUCAAAUGGUUUCCUCCUGCACAUGCCCUUGACCAGAAUCAAACUCGGGACCCUGGGGUCCACCCAUAGGCCAACACUCCUACUGAGCCAAAUCGGUUAGGGCAGUGGUCGGCAAACUCAUUAGUCAACAGAGCCAAAUAUUAACAGUACAACAAUUGAAAUUUCUUUUGAGAACCAAAUUUUUUAAACUUAAACUAUAUAGGUAGGUACAUUGUUACUAACUUAAUUAGGGUACUCCUAAGGCUUAGGAAGAGCCACACUCAAGGGGUCAAAGAGCCGCAUAAGUGGAAAUUUAAAGUUAGUGAGACCUGAUCAGCAAUGAUCAAGGCAAAAACAGAGUAGCUGAACUAGAGUCAGGGAGUAGGCAUAUACCCAAUAAAUGAGGACCUAUAUAAUUACUAAUAAUGAUUGGAAUCAAGGAAAAUAGAGGCUAGAAGAAUCAGCUAAGUAAGCACAUGUUAUUCAUAGUUACAUGACUAACUUAAGACAUUAAAAAAUCAUCUUCAAGAGAGGAUUAAAACAAUAAAAAUAAUGUUAAUCAUGUAUAAAAUAACUUGUCCAUUAACUGUUGUUCUUAUUUUGCCCUUUAUCAAAUGAUUGAAACUUUAGUAGCCACAGUGUCACUGAUGGCUCAUAGCAUAACUCUUGCAGGCCUCUUAAGUUUUGUAGCUUUUUGUUUUUUUAAAACUAUUUGUUCACUGACUGUGAUCUGCAUUCUUUUUUUUGUUUUUUUGCAUUCUUUUUGAUAGUUCAGAAGUGUAUUGUUCAAGACAUUAGCACAACCCAUUUUUAUGGAAUGGAAGAGCUCUUCUACACUUUGUGCUCAUAACAUUCAAUAUAGCAUUAGUUCUGUGCAUGUGUUUGGGAAAAAUGGAAAACUCACAUGAUGUUUAUUUGGCUCACAAAUGUCCAAGUUUCUUUUAUUUUUAUUUUUUAAAUAAAUAGAUUCUAUUUUAUUUAUAGA